AUGGCCGCCGCGCCUCCGCCCGCUGCGCCGCCGUCCCACAUGUCCGCCGCUCUCAUCACCUUCCCCUCCUCUCACCCCUAUCCUUCCCUCCCCGCGCCGCCCAAGCCCCCAAGCCCCAGGCCCCCUCAACUCCACCUCGUCCCCCGCGUCGCCGCAUACCCCGCCGCAUCCGCGGCCACCCCGCGCCGCAGCGCCUCCUCCACCUCCGCCACCGAGCGACUCCGCGUUCUCGUACGCCGCGGCGAACUCGACGAUGCCCUCCGCCUCGUCGACUCCCUCGCGGGGCUCGACCCGCCCUCGCCCGCCGCGGCGGGGCCCUGCGCCGCGCUCAUCAAGAAGCUCUGCGCGUCGGGCCGCACCGCGGACGCUCGCCGCGUGCUGGGCGCGUGCGGGCGGGACGUCGUGGCCUACAACGCCAUGGUGGCGGGUUACUGCGGGGCCGGGCAGCUCGACGCCGCGCGCAGGCUCGUGGCGGACAUGCCCGUGGAGCCCGACGCGUACACCUACAACACGCUCAUCCGAGGCCUCUGUGGCCGCGGCCGGACCAGCAACGCCCUCGCGGUGCUCGAUGAUAUGCUCCGCCGCGGCUGCUUGCCCGACGUCGUCACCUACACCAUUCUGCUCGAGGCCACCUGCAGGAGGAGCGGGUACAAGCAGGCCAUGAAGCUCCUCGACGAGAUGCGCGACAAGGGGUGCGCCCCGGACAUCAUCACCUAUAAUGUCGUCCUCAAUGGUAUCUGCCAGGAAGGCCGGGUUGACGACGCAAUGGAGUUCUUGGAGAACUUACCGUCCUAUGGGUGCGAGCCGAACACUGUUAGCUACAACAUUGUGCUGAAGGGCUUGUUCACUGCUGAACGGUGGGAAGACGCCGAGAAGCUCAUGGAAGAGAUGGCCCACAAGGGUUGCCCUCCGAAUGUGGUAACAUUUAAUAUGCUCAUCAGUUUUUUGUGUCGUAGAGGAUUGGUUGAGCCUGCAAUGGAAGUUCUUGAGCAGAUCCCCAAGUAUGGAUGCACGCCUAAUUCAUUGAGUUAUAACCCACUUCUUCAUGCCUUCUGCAAACAAAAGAAGAUGGAUAAAGCAAUGGCAUUUGUAGAACUAAUGGUGUCCAGGGGUUGUUACCCAGACAUCGUUUCAUACAACACUCUGCUUACUGCACUCUGCCGCAAUGGGGAAGUUGAUGUUGCUAUUGAAUUGCUUCAUCAACUCAAGGACAAAGGCUGUAGCCCGGUCUUGAUUAGUUAUAACACGGUCAUUGAUGGUCUUACUAAGGCUGGCAAAACAAAGGAAGCAUUGGAACUGUUGGAUGAGAUGAUCAGCAAAGGGCUCCAACCAGAUAUCAUUACUUACACAACAAUAGCUUCUGGUCUUUGUAGAGAAGACAGAAUUGAGGAGGCGAUUAGAACAUUUUCUAAAGUGCAAGAUAUGGGUAUAAGGCCCACUGUGGUGUUGUACAAUGCUAUUCUUCUUGGGCUCUGCAAAAGGCGUGAAACACAUAAUGCUAUCGACCUGUUUGCUUACAUGAUAUCGAAUGGCUGCAUGCCGAAUGAAUCGACUUACACUAUACUUGUUGAAGGCUUGGCUUAUGAAGGCUUGGUAAAGGAGGCAAGAGAAUUGCUUGGUCAAUUGUGCUCUAGAGGAGUUGUGAAUAAGAAAUUUAUGAAGAAGGGAGCCGUUAAGAUGCUAGAUGGACCUACACAAACUUAG